CCCCCAUUUCCAGUGGUCACUGUUGUCUGAGGCGGGUUCAGAGCAGGGCUGGGGUUACCCUGACAUUUCUGGGACUGCAGCCAGCCAAGAAGGGAAAGAGAAGAAAAACUGAGUCUUUUACAAUUUGCUUUUGUUGAACUGUGGAGAAAGGGGAAAGGGAAGCGUCCUUUUUUUUUUUUUUUCAGCAUCACAUUCCUGUGUUUUUCUUCAGCCUGGAAAAUAUAUUAAUGCUGCUGCUUUCCUCUCUGGAAACAAAGGAGCUAAACGGGAUUGAGGAAGCAAGAAGUGGGAAGGAGGCUUGGGAAGUUUAAGAGAGAGAGGCUCAGAGCAGCUGGUAUUUCCCUUUUCUUAAAUGAAAUCCCUGCCUGUGCAGCUAACCGGUAAAGCAAAAAGCCAGACUUGCAGGUAAAUGGAGAAACAGAGAUCCCAAAGGAAAUUUCCGCUAACCUCAUCCAGCUUGUCAAGAAGGUGAAGAAGCAAGAAAUUUAAAAGUUACACAGGGAGACGGACAGGCUCUGGGACCUGUUGGGCUGAGUAAAGAUAAAUCACUGGGCAGCAGCAAAGCUGCAUGGCAUUGGUCUCCUUUUAAAGGAAAAAGAAGUGAAACCUCAUCGCUGGAAGGGGAACUUCCCUGAGAGUCGGAUUGCACAAUGAACUGGAGGCCAGCUCUCAGUUUAGCCCUGCUGUGGGCAGCAUGGCUAGUGUGUGGCUCUGAGAAGACAGAGAGGCUAGCAGAGAGAGGGAGCCAUGGAGUUAGGAAAGUGCCCCUGGCUUACAGGGCUCCAAGCAGCCUCCUGAGAAGGUCUGGAGCAUCCCUGAGGAAUCUGAGCCCAAAGCCCCAGCACCCUGUCACCAAGAGGGGUUCUUCAGCACCUCCAAAGGCACCUGCCAAUCUCCUGCAAGGGGAAGCUCAUUCCCAGGCCAGGGCCAUGGGGACCAGAAUGAGACGGGUACAGAGACUCACAGCUGCAGCCAAAUACUCCAAGUCUGAGAUGAUUAAGGACGAAGGGAUAUCCUCUGCCUCACAGUCACGAGUGGUACGUUUCCCUUCAGGGUCAAGUUCUCCCAAUGUCCUGGCCAGCUUUGCUGGUAAAAAUCGGGUGUGGGUUAUUUCUGCCCCUCAUGCCUCUGAGGGCUACUACCGGCUCAUGAUGAGCCUGCUGAAAAAUGAUGUUUACUGCGAACUGGCUGAGAGGCAUAUCCAGCAGAUUGUGUUGUUCCAUGAAGAAGGGGAAGAAGAGGGGAAAGUCCGCAGGAUAACCAAUGAAGGAAAAAUCCUGGAGCAGCCACUAGAUCCUGCCCUCAUACCGAAGCUCAUGAGCUUUCUAAAACUGGAGAAGGGGAAAUUUGGCAUGGUGCUGUUGAAGAAAACUCUGCAGGUGGAGGAAAGGUAUCCUUAUCCAGUCAGGCUAGAGGCCAUGUACGAAGUUAUUGACCAGAGCCCCAUCAGAAAAAUUGAGAAGAUGAGGCAGAAGGGCUUCAUCCAGACUUGCAAAGCAGCUGGUGUAGAGGGACAAGUUGUUGAGGAAGGCAAUAAUGGGGGGAUCACCCAGCCUACUCCUGGUGGUGGACAUGUCCAGGUGUCAGCAAAGAAGGAGGAGCCAAGAAGGAGCAAUAAUCAACCAACAAGGACCAAAACAGUGAGGAAACCAAUGACAACCACAGUGGCUACUCCUCCACCUACAGUAAGAACCACUACCCUCCCUCCCACCACCACAACUACCCAUGCCACCACCCGUGCAGUGACAACACCAAGCCACUCUACGACAACAACUACACCUCUCCCUACCACACAAAGGACCUGGACCACAAAGUCACAUUCCACCACAGAGUACAACAGGCUGCCAGUAGCACCUGAUGCCACAACGCCACGAGUCACAGCGUCUGAGGAUUUCUACUCUCCUGUGUGGAAGGCAAACCGCAGGGACCGGCAGCGCAGCCACCCAGAGAAACACCUGGUAGCCACACGGAAACCAAGCAAAGCUGCCCGCUAUGACAGUUUCACCGAAGUCCCAACAGUUCCCUCAGUGCACUAUACCAAGGCAAAUGUGGGUAGAUUUAAAGAUAAUCGAACAGAUAGGAAAGACUAUAACCACAGGGACCUGAAUGCCACACCAGGGCAACACAAACCAACUAAGACUAAAACACCAAAAAAGAAGACCCAAGAAAAAAUACUGAGCAAUGAAUAUGAAGAUAAAUAUGACCCAAGCAAGCCUUCUAGUUCACAUUUAGAGGAAGAGAUUGCAGUGGGAAAUAUUCCCCCGAAGAAAGGAAAAGAAUCAAAGAAGCAUGAGCGAAUAGAUAAACCUGAGAAGAAGAAGAAAAAGGACAGGCCUGACAAGCUGCAGAAAAGUGAGAAGCAGUCCAAGAAGGACAAGGCUGAGAAAAAGAGCAAGCAGGACAAAGACCGUAGCAAGAAGAACAAGAAGGGGAGCAGAACUGAGAAUGAAGAUUUCCCCAAGUCCAACAAGAAGCUUUUCCUACACCCUCCUAGGAAAUCGGUGACCGACCUCCUGGAGUAUUUUGAAGGCAAAAGGCGGCUCAUUCUGAUCACGACCCCCAAGGCAGACAACACUAUGUAUGUACAGCAGCGAGACGAAUAUCUGGAAAGCUUCUGCAAGAUGGCAACGAGGAAGAUCUCAGUUAUUACAAUUUUUGGCACCAUGAACAACAGCAGCAUGAAAAUUGACCACUUUCAGCUAGAUAACGAAAAGCCCAUGAAAGUGAUAGAGGAUGAAGAUCUUGUGGACCAGCAGCUUAUCAGUGAGUUGAGGAAAGAGUAUGGGAUGACCUACAAUGACUUCUUCAUGGUGCUGACAGACACUGACAUGAAGGUCAAGCAAUACUACGAAGUACCCAUAGCAAUGAAGUCCGUGUUUGAUUUGAUUGACACCUUCCAGUCACGAAUUAAAGACAUGGAAAGACAGAAAAAAGAGGGCAUUGUCUGCAAAGAAGAUAAGAAGCAAUCCCUUGAGAGCUUCUUAUCCAGGUUCCGAUGGAGAAGGCGGCUGGUGGUCAUCUCUGCUCCCAGUGAUGAGGACUGGGCUUAUUCCCAGCAGCUUGCUGCUCUCAGUGGACAAGCCUGCAAUUUUGGUCUGCGUCAUAUAACUAUCCUGAAAUUGCUAGGACUUGGAGAAGAUAUUGGAGGAGUCUUAGAGUUGUAUCCAAUUAAUGGAAGCUCUACUGUCGACCGAGAAGAUAUCCCAGCUAAUUUGGUGAAAGACAUUCGGAAUUAUUUCCAAAUUAGCCCAGAAUAUUUCUCCAUGCUUCUAGUUGGGAAAGAUGGAAACGUCAAAUCCUGGUAUCCUUCUCCAAUGUGGUCGAUGGCGAUUGUGUAUGAUCUGAUUGAUUCCAUGCAGCUUCGGCGACAGGAAAUGACAAUUCAGCAAUCGCUUGGCAUGCAGUGCCCAGAUGAUGAGUAUGGUGGGUACGGUUACCAUAGCUAUCACCAGGGAUAUCAGGAAGGUCACCAAGAUGACUAUCGUCACCAUGGAAGUUACCACCAUGGAUAUCCAUACUGAAAAAGAUUGACUUAGCCUCCAGCUGCCCUGUGUCUGUCUUUCAAUAGCUGUCCAAGCAAUAGGUGGCCAGUUGCAGAAAGUCUUCCCAGGCCACCUAGAUAACCAUGUCCUUUUCUUCCAGUGUUCAAUCAAGAGACUUCAGUCAUUUGCCUUCUCAAAAAUGCAGAAGCCUUUACAGUGAAGUAAUUCAAACCAGUAGUAUUGAAGCUUUAAACAAUAAAGACUCCUUUAUAUUUCUAAACCUUUACAAGCAAAGGUUAUCAGCAGGUGCUAUUUGUAUUAAAACCAAACAAAAAACCUACACAGCCCCAGUCCAUGGACACUAUUGUAGGGGAGGACAUGAACUGUCCAACAAAUAUUGCAAUGCUUUUAGUAUUUUUUUCCCCAGGAGAAAAAAAUAAGUAUAUUUAUUGGAAAGUGGAAAUUUUUGCAUUGUGCUCAUGAAGACAAGCAAAGAAUCACAUUUCAGGACUUUCCCAGAAAAGGAAAGUGUAAGAAAGAAGUAUGGAGUAGGCUCUUUCAUAAUAACAGCAGCAAUAAUAACAAUAAAAUCCUAUUGAAAUACCUUGUCUAAAAAGACAGCAUUCCUUCUACAGUGCAUUAACAUUGUAAUUAUCUGACUUUAUCAAUGAAAAUAAGAAUUUACGGCUAUGGCAGGAUUUGUUCCAAUACAGUGUAAAGUUCUUAACUACAAAGCUCCUUGCAUGGUCAUGUAUUCUUUUAAUUGGAUCUAUUCUCUUACAUCUUGCCCAUCUGACAGUUAAAUCUAAGUUAAUGAGAGCUAAGUGGAAACAUGAACCAUAGUUAGUGUUGUCUGAAAUACAGAAAACUGAGGAGUGUUACUUUCAUCAUAAAGAAAGGAAAAAAUUUGCAUUCACAUAUAUUUUAAAUUAGUUGUACCUAGCUCUCUAUAAUAAUGUUUUUAAUUAAACUACUGCUCUAAAUGUCAAAUUUCCUUUCAUCACUUCUUCUCAUACUCUUCCACACAAAAGGAAAAAAUCUAGACUAAAUGUUUAUAAAAUUAGUUGGGAAUAACUAAUUUCAUCUGCCACUAAACCAACUCUAUUUCUGCCACACUUUCUGAAACGGUUUUCUCCCUUCUCCUUGAUGUCUUCAGGCACUGGAUCUGUUGCACCACCCUACUCCUGCUGAGUGGCAGGAACUGCAUGUGUAGCCAUGAUUUCAACAGCACUUGGGUUAGACUCCCAAAUAUUAGAGACCCAGCAGAAAGAUUUAGGAAUAUCCUGACAUGAAAGUAUCAUGCAAGCCUUCCCAGUGGCACAGUGGUCACUUCUAAUAUUGAAGCCAUGCCUGAAGAGUCACAUUUCUAUUGAUAAUCUGUGACAGGGAUGCACAUGCCAUGUAUAGAUACAUGCAACUGUGUACUUUUACUAGGUUUUGCCAUUACAGCAGUAGCACAGGAACAGGGAGGGGCUACCCCUCUAAGCUGGCCAGAGCAUGCCGCACAGUUUUGAGUUUCAGCAUUUUCCUGAUCCUUUUUUCUUUUUUUUUGGCUCAGAAUAAAAAGGAACUGGGUAAAGCAACAGCUUCACCCAAAAAAGAUGCUUUCUUUAGAAACACAGCCACAAAGGCUCAGACCUUGCUUGCCCUUCUGAGUGUCAGAAAGGCAGACAGAUGUGGAGAGGUCACAGGACCUGACCUGUCCUUCCUUUACAAACUUGGGUCACUCUCUGGGGCAGGCUGCCCUCCGUACCACAAAGUCUAGUCAGCAGCAGAAGGUAUGGCUCUCACCUUAUCUCUCUCAGGUGACCGGAGCUAAGUAGGGGAAGAUGGGCAUUUGACAGAACAAUUUUGAGAAGACUGCUGUGCGCAAGAGAGCUUCCAAGUUCUGCCUUAAUUACAGCACCUCCACAGCUGAAAGCAACAGACAGAGACAUCUGAAAAAAUUAAGAGGAGCUACAAAAAAGAAUCACAGAACUGAGAGGUUUCUAGAAAAAAAAAAAAAAAGGAGGUUGUAUAUAGUUCACUUUUAGAAAACAAGUGCUUAUUGCAUCAGUGUAUUAAGGCCAGCUGCCUAACUUUCUUAGCCUGAAGGAAAAGCAAAGGAAAUCUACAGCCACCUCCUGUAGACAAGAAGAGAAACACUUUUGGGGAGCUUUCUUUCAGGUGUUCAUUUCAACUUUUCUGUAAUCUUGUUUUUCAUGUAGAGUCUUUAAAUGUAAGCCCUUUUAACUCACAUUAGAAAUCAUGGAAACUAAAUGUCCUGUGCUGAAGCAGGAGGAGGAGACAGUUAACUUACAAAAGAGAGGGUAACACCUGAUCCAAAUUGCUUCUUCCAUCUCCAGAAUUCGAAGUUAAAUUGUGCAACUACCAAACCAAACCCAGCCUAGGCAUUCUGUGGGAGUUGCAUUAAAAAGACAACUCCGAACAAGUUGUCCACUUAUAAGGGAGGUUGAGAUGGGCUCUUAACCAAAACUACACAUCAAGCAUUCACAGAAUUUGAUGAAGACUCAGUAUUAUUCUAUAUUCUGGUGUCAAUUCCUGCCUUCAUUGCAAACUGACUGAAAAUUACUAGAAACUUUUAGCAAUGAUUUUGAAUCCUGAUUUUGCAACUUGCCCCUCUCUAUGGAAAAUUAAAAGCAAAGCCUGAAGGAAUACCAAGCCAAAAAAUCCUUUCAGCAACAACAUAUAGUUAUAUCAGAGACGAUAAGUGUUCAGGAGCUACAAUACUCUAAAUUAAGACUUCAUUUUGCAAAACACAAAGCAAAGCACUGGACUUGUCCCUGCAGCAUCACUUUGAAGACAGACUUAUUAAGGUCCUAUUUCUACAAUUCUAGGUAGGUAGAUUCCACAUGAUAGUGGAAAACCUUUUUCUCAUACAUAUUUAUGGAAUUUGAUUCAGCUCCAAGAUGGUUGGUUUUGUCCACAGGCUCUCUUUCAAGCACCAUGGCUGGGCUCCUACAUUCACAAAAUAGAUUAAAUUAAUCAAAAUAAGCAUUGUUUCAAUUAGCUUGUUACCAACAAGAGAAACAUGAAGGCACCUCUCUUCCUGAGAGGUGUUGUGAACUAUUUCCUCAGACCUGGAGGGA